GUGGCAUGAUGCAGGCACUUAUGAUGCUAAAGCAAAGACUGGAGGACCUAAUGGCUCAAUUAGGAAUGAGAAAGAGUUAAAUCAUGACGCAAAUAAGGGUCUGAAAAUAGCAAUCGACCUGUGUGAACCGGUGAAGGAUAGACAUCCAAAAAUUACAUAUGCUGACCUUUACCAGCUUGCUGGGGUAGUUGCAGUAGAGGUCACUGGAGGCCCAACAAUUGACUUUGUUCCGGGAAGGAAGGAUUUGAUGGAUUCUCCUGAAGAAGGGCGACUUCCAGAUGCCAAUAAAGGUAAGCCACUAUUUUUCAUUAGAGAUGGGGGGUUAUGCAAGCGAACAUCUCCAAAAGCAUCCGGAACUCUGGGUGUACUCUUUUACUGGUUGCUUCAAUAUUGGCCAUCACAUCUAAGGGAGGUGUUCUUUCGGAUGGGUCUAUCUGACAAGGAUAUUGUGGUACUAUCUGGAGCCCACACAUUGGGAAGGGCACAUCCAGAGAGAUCAGGCUUUGAGGGCCCUUGGACCAAGAAUCCGUUGAAGUUUGACAAUUCAUACUUUGUGGAACUUCUGAAAGGGGAGUCGGAGGGACUGUUAAAACUUCCAACAGACAAGGUUCUAGUUGAGGAUCCUAAGUUUCGUCCCUAUGUUGAACUGUACAAACAGGAUGAGGAAGCAUUCUUUGCGGACUACGCGGCAUCACACAAGAAAUUGUCAGAGCUGGGGUUUACUCCACCUUCCUCUGGUGUCAAGGCAAAGGCUUUCGCAAUACUGGCACAGACUGCUGUGGGAGUUGCUGUUGCCACUGCUGUGGUGCUCCUGAGUUUCUUCUAUGAAGUUCACAGAAAAGUAUAGUAAUUAAGAUUUAUACGGUUCAACAAAGCAGAAUUCAUGUACCACACAAACACAUCCAAUUUCAGUUUUAGUAUUACAAGUAUUAUUAUAUCAUGUGCUUGGAAAUAUUAUUACGUCUUAUACAUCAAGUAAUAAGAUGUGAUCAUUUGCUAAAAGAUUCGAUGUUACAUCUUGUUUUUGUUC